AAUUAAGAUUCAAAAAACGAAGCACAUGUUUGAAACGUUUGAAUUGUUAAUUGUUUAAUACUUGUCACUUGUGUUGUUAGUUGUUGUGUUGUUAGUAAAUAUUAAUACCGUCUUCUUUACUCCUGUCUCCGAUGGCUAUCGUAAUGUCUUCGGAUGUCGAUUCUGAGGAAGAGUUGCUGGAAUUGUAUGCAUCUGGUAAAUUAAAGCCAGGUUUAAAUAUACCUGUAGAGGAAGAUAAAGUAUUCAUUAACAAUGUUAAUGCAAUGAAAGAAGCUAUUGCUUCAUUCCAAAGCAGCUUACCAUGGACCGAACGACUCGAUAUUGUGGCUGAAGUUGCUCCAAUGGCUCCCGAGCUUUCAAUGGAAAUUACUGAACAACAACAAUUUCUUAAAGCGGGUAAAAUUGAUGAAGUAGCAUUAAAUGAUUUUAAACGGGAAACUAUGUUUCACCGUCAAGCCCAAACAGCUGUUAUGCGUGGUGUUGAAUUGUUACGUAAACAUAAUAUAGCUACACAUCGACCAGAAGAUUAUUUUGCAGAAAUGUUUAAAUCUGAUGAGCAUAUGCAAAAGGUACGACAUGCACUUUUACAAAGAAAGACUUCUCUAGAACAAACAGAAAAAGUACGUCGUAUCCGGCAAGAAAAGAAAUUAGCUAAAGAGAAACAAGUAGCAGCUAUACAAGCAAAACAUAAACAAAAACGUGAUCUUAAUGAAAAUAUUAAGAAGUUUAGAAAAGGUUUAAGAAAUGAUUUAGACUUUUUGGAAACUGAUAGUGGGAAGAAAAACAAGAAAAAAGAUGAUGGCGGUGGUGGCGGUGAAAAGAAAAAAAAUCUUUCAAGAUCACAACAUAAAAGAAAAGGAAAAGAUACAAAGUAUGGAUUUGGUGGCAAAAAAAAAGGCAUGAAAGGAAACACUACAGAAAGUACAUUUGGUGGUAGUGGGAAAUCAAAUUUUAAAGGAAAGAAUAAGGGUAGAAUUAAUAAAAACAAGAGAAUGUCUUCAAAAAAAUGAAUAAACCAAUUUUUAAAAAUUUGAAUGUACAUAAUUGUAUACUAACAGUAUACUCCUGUAGUAAGUUCAAUUUCCUAUUUAAACUUUUCAAUACAAAUGUUUUACUAAAACAACAAAUUCUAAUAUUUUUUUUUUAUUUAUUAAAUUAUCAUCAAGAAGUAAUGAGAAAACUAAAAUAUACCACUAUGUACUAGUACUA